AUGCAUGUUGUGCGGAUGACUAUAUCACUGACAGUCAUUGUCAUCGAGACAACGAAUAAUGUGUCAUUCGGUUUGCCGGUGAUGAUGACGCUUAUGAUGGCCAAAUGGGUUGGUGACAUUUUCAACGAAGGUUUAUAUGACAUACACAUCGAGCUCAAACAAAUCCCUCUGCUGGAGUGGGAGCCCCCUAAAGAAAUGAUGACCUUCUACGCCGCACAAGUGAUGACGAAGAAUCCUCUGACGAUCGAAGAGGUCGAUCGGGUGUCAGAGAUCAUUCAUGUUCUGAAGACCACCGCGCAUGCGGCUUACCCGGUGGUGGUGCCUAGAAUCGACAACGAGGGUGUUGUGAAGCAUAAGCUGGUAGGAAUCAUCCUGCGUUCACAGCUUGUGGUGCUGCUCAAGCACAAAGCCUACGGAAAACUCGUGGGCGGAGGGGUUGGAGAAGGCUCGGUUGAUGCUCCCAUUAUAAGCUACGAGACAUUCAUCGCCGAUUACCCGAGAUAUCCAAAACUGGACCAGAUUGAACUCCCCAUUGACGACGGCCAGUUGUUCAUGGAUCUGACCCCUUAUAUGCACCCGUGUCCAUACACGGUGUUGCACAUUGCGCCUCUGCCGCGUGUGUUUAAUUUAUUCAGAACUAUGGGCUUGCGACAGCUGCCGGUGACCGACAGAGAUAACAAUCUGCUGGGUAUUGUGACGAGGAAAGAUCUCACGCACUUGGAGUAUCUUCAUAGUGAAGGGGACUUGGAAACCCGUGGCAAACGUAUGGGCAUGGAUCAGCAAGAGGGUGAAGUUGGUAUCCCUGCAGACAUGCGCAGUGUCAAAGACUUCCUCAUCGCAGAAGGUGAUGUGGGUAGUAUUCGAUCGAUGGGACGCGAUGGCGCAGGUAGUCAACUAUUGCUGCAGUCUAUGGGUCUUGGUCUCGGUCAAUCUACGGACGACCUGGAUGCUGCAGAUAACACUCCACUCCUAAACAGAGGUACUACACAGCCCGUUUCGAGGAACGUACAGCGAUACGGCGGCUUAUAAGUCUACUCCUAUCCUAUACAGUGUCGAGUAUAUAAACUCGCAUUUCCAACUAGGAAUUUAAUCGAAGUGUAAAAUACUAUUUGCCAACAAUAUAACUGUACAGAUCAGCUCAGUCGGUAUUGGUGUGUAUCCAGUGCUGAAUCAAAUACGAGAAAAAAAAUUGAAG